AUGAGAGGUAAUAAACCAUAAAUAAAAUGUUAUAGAUUACAAUGAGUAAAAGUUCAUAUUGGUUCAAAAGAAGUUAAUAUUUGAACCAGAAAGGUAGGAAUUGGCUAUUCUAAAUUAUUCAAAAGUUUAAUGCUCAAUAUAUUAUAAAUAUUAAUAGAAGAGAUAUUUUUAAACUUUCAUUAUGCACAGCGACACAUAUUAGGCAUGCUAAAGAACUAUAAUUAGAGUUAACUACUUUAGGAUACAAUAAUCAGGGCAAUGCGAUUGA